UGGGAACUGCAGCAGGAAGGCCCCAGUUUGUCGUCUCCAGCCCAAUAAGAUCGCAGGCAAGUCCUUAAUCUCCCAGGACUUCUUUUCCCAACCACACGGACCAUUUGGUGCCAACACAUUGAUUGUCCGGUCAAAUGGGAGGCCUUGACCUGGCCGAAGAGUUGGACGAUGUGGACUCUUCCACGCCGGCCGUGGGCACUUGUCCCGGAAUGUGCCCAGCCUCAGAGUUUGACCGCCGCAAGUGCCAACACCGCCUCCACCGCCUGGAGCUGGGCCCCCCUCCGUCGUGCCAACCAGACGCAUCCUUAGCGGUCAAGGAAUACUCCCGCCCGGCGGCUGGAAAGCCCCCUCCGAGGCCGCAGGAGCUGCGCCCGCCCUCCGUGCUGCUGGACACCGUCCGGCACCUCUUGUUGUUAGAUGACGAUGCCAAGGGAGACGAAGCUGAGCGUUGUGCCUUUAUAACUGACCGCCUCCGUGCUGUCCGGCUGGACCUGACCCUCCAGCGCUUGACCAGCCAGCCUUGCGCCAUCCCCAUCCUGGAGCGGGCCCUGGUCUUCCUCCUCCACGCCGGGUAUCGGCUUCACGCCCAGCCGGACACCCGCUUCGAUGCCCACCUCCACCGGGAACAGGUCCAGGAGAGCUUUGCUGCUUUGCGGCGUGCCUACCGUGAGGGUCAAGCCAAAGAUCAAGGGGUCGUCGCUGCCUCCGAACCCCGCUUCCAAGCCCUCUUCCUCCUGUACAAUUUGGGUUCUCCAGCAGCCCUCCGGCAAGUCCUCCACCUUCCCAAAGGCUCCCGGACCUCCCCGGACAUCAUCUUGGCUUUGGCCAUCCAUUGGGCCUUCCUGGAGCGCAACUUUGCCCGCUUUUUCCGCCUGGCCAGUGCUUUGCCUUACUUGCCCAGCUGUGCCUUGUGGCAUCACUUAAUGGGCGCCCGCCGACAGGCCUUGGCCACCUUCAGCCACGGCUUUAGCGCCCGGAAUUGCCGGUAUCCCUUGGCACGGCUGGCUCGGAUGCUAGCCUUGGGUGGCGCCGAGGAGGCCGGCCAACUGUGCCGGGAACACGGCUUGACCGUAGUGGACGACAGCGUGGCCUUCCAAAAGGGGACCUGGAAAGAUUCGGUGGUACCGGAGCAUCCGUGGCCUUCUUGCCCAUUCAUGGAGGGCAAAAGCGGGCAAGAGACUCUGCUGGACCUGGCAGAACGCCUCUGCCGCUAACUGGGAACUCUUUGUUUUCAUUGUUUCCUUGAUUUGUAUUGUAAUGGAUAUUAUUAUUUAUUGUAUUGUUCACUGUGUUGUGAUGUGUUGUUCUUUUAUAUAUACAUCUUUAUUUAUGCAUGUAGAAUAUUUUCUUUGUUCCUAUAGUCAUUCUUUCUUGUUAACAAUGUUGUUAUAGCCCAAGAUGGCUGGAAUUCUGUUACCCGGGUCUGUGGCGCAGACGGGAGAGCAAUGAGUCACUGACCAGGAGGUCAUAAGUUCGAGGCCCGCUCGGAGCUAUGUUUGUUUGUCUUUGUCCUGUGUUAAAAAGGCAUUGAAUGUUUGCCUAAUAUGUGUAAUGUGAUCCGCCCCGAGUCCCCUUCGGGGUAAGAAGGGCGGAAUAUAUAUGAUGUAAAUAAAUAAAUAAAUAUGCUGUUUAUAUUGUAUUGUUCUGGGCAUGGCCCCAUGUAAGCCGCCCCGAGUCCCCGUUGGGGAGAUGGUGGCAAGUGGGGUUUAUAUAUAUACCUGUGGAAUAAUGUCCAGGGUGGGAGAAAGAACCCUGGCCGUAUCAUUUUAUUUCUUACUACUUUUGAGGCAUCAAGUGACUGCCUUCAUGUUGUAAGCCGCCCAGAGUCCCCAUGGCAAGAUGGGGGGUGGGAUAGAAACAAAGUUUGAUUCAUGAUUAAUUGUCUGUUUGAAGCAAGUGUGAAUGUUGCAGUUUGCAAGCUUGAAUAGCAUUUAGUAGCCAUGAAUCUGCAAAGUUAAUCAGUGAGAUAGCACAAGGGGUAGUCUGGCUGUUGUUGCCUGGAGACAUCCUCUGUUUGGGAAGUGUUCACUGGUACCUGAUUGUUUUCUGUCUGGAGUUCCCGUUUCUGAAUUGUGUUCUUAAAUAAAGUUUUAUUAUUAUUAUUUGUUGGCUGGGAUUUAAUAAUACUAAUAAUUUAUUCUCAUUGCUGGAUAAUAAUAAUAUAUCCCCAACAGUGUGAGAGUAAUUAUUAUUAUUAUUGUCAUCAUCAACAUCAAGUUAUGAUUACACUCUCGUCCUUGUGGGAGAUAAAUAAUAUGUGAGUUUAUUAUUGUUGUUUUAUUGUUAUUACACUCUCAUUCUUCUUGAGAUUAAAUAUAAUAAUACCUAAUAAUAAUACCAAAACUGUAAGCCGCUUUGAGUCCCCUCUGGGAUAGAAAUACAGUAAAUACAUAUAUUAUUAUUACAGUAGAGUUUCACUUAUCCGACAUAAACGGGCCAGCAGAAUGUUGGAUAAGUGAAAAUGUUGGAUAAUAAGGAGAGAUUAAGGAAAAGCCUAUUAAAUGUCGAAUUACGUUAUGAUUUUACAAAUUAAGCACCAAAACAUCAUGUUUUACAACAAAUUGACAGAAAAAGCAGUUCAAUACACGGUAUGUAGUAAUUACUGCAUUUACGAAUUUAGCACCAAAAUAUUGCAAUGUAUUGAAAACAUUGACUACAAAAAUGCAUUGGAUAAUCCAGAUUGGAUAAGUGAAGGUUGGAUAAGUGAGACUACUGUAAUAAUAUAUCCCCAACAGUGUGAGAGUAAUAAAUCAUUAUUAUUAUUGUCAUCAUCAAGUUGUUAUGAUUACACUCUCAUCCUUGUGGGAGAUAAAUGAGUUUAUUAUUGUUGUUGUUAUUGUUAUCCUUCUCGAUAUAAAAUAUAGUAAUACCUAAUAAUAAUAAUACCAAAACUGUAAGCCGCUCUGAGUCUCUGAGUGGGAUAGAAAUACAGUAAAUACAGAUAUCAUUAUUAUUAUUACAGUAGAGUCUGACUUAUCCAACAUUUGCUUAUCCAAUGUUCUGGAUUAUCCAACACAUUUUUGUAGUCAAUGUUUUCAAUACAUCGUGAUAUUUUGGUGCUAAAUUCAUAAAUACAGUAAUUACUACAUAGCAUUAAUGUGUAAUGAACUACUUUUUCUGUCAAAUUUGUUGUAUAACAUGAUGUUUUGGUGCUUAAUUUGUAAAAUCAUAACCUAAUUUGAUGUUUAAUAGGCUUCUCCUUAAUCCCUCUUUAUUAUCCAACAUAUUCGCUUAUCCAACAUUCUGCUGGCCCGUUUAUGUUGGAUAAGUGAGACUCUACUGUAUUAUCUUAUCACAGUCUCAUUCUUCUUGGGGGAGAUAAAAUAAUAAAUUUAUUACCUUUUUAUUGUGGGAUUUAUUAUUAUUAUUACUCUAUUUUAUCUCCCUCGAGAAUUAGUGCAAUAAUAACAUAUGAAGCGACUGAAAUUGCUUUUAUUAAUGGUAUAAUAUUGUUUUUAAAACGUUUGGAAUUUUAAACAUGUUUGCAAAUUGUUAUACUGGUUUCUUGUAUGAUUAUAUGUAUGGAAUGUUUUUUUUAUGUGUAAACCGUUCUGAGUCCCUAUGGGGAUAAAUAAAGUUUAUAAAUAAAGUUUCGUUGUUCCUAUUAGGGACAUAUACAAGCCGCUUUACCAAGCCGUUUGAUGUGCGUUUAUUGUGGCUGUUGCUAUAAUUUUAUGUUAUUGUAUUGUAUGUUACUGUUAUUGUAUAAUUUUUAUGCUUAUGUAUUGUUUAUUUUACACUAGCUUUGGUUUGCAGCUUUGCCCAGGUUAUUUGAAAAAGUCAAUUUUUGAAUUGUACCAAAUGCAUAAUGUUGUGCGUGAACUAAAUAUAAAGCUUCCUUGUUUAGUUUUUUCCAGUCACCUCACAACCUCCGAAGAUGCCUGCCACAGAUGUGGGGGAGAUGUCAGGAGAGAAUGCUUCUGGAACAUGGCCAUACAGCCCGGAAAACACACAACAAUCCUGUGAUUCCGGCCAUGAAAGACUUCAACAGCACAUUUAUUUUAUUAUUAUUAUUAUUAUUUUAUCAUCAUCAUCCUCAUCAUCAUGCUUCCAUCCUUUCCAUUGUUCAACCCACUUUUGCAAAUAAACAACCCAGUGGCUCAAAAGGUUAAUAAACAGUUUAUUUUGCAUUGUACAAGGUCAUUCCCCAUACAUUCUGAAUUAAAAGUUUUGCUGGUAAAGUGCCGAAAUAGAGGGUUUCCCCCCCAUUUACUGUUUUAGUUUGAAACCGAAAUAUCUUUGUUAAUCUUAAAAGAGAUCCGAUGGAUGGGAAGGAAUAAAGUAACCGUUGAAGAAAAAAAAAUAUGUUCCACCACUUUGAAAACUCCUCUGCAUUAUUAUACAAAAAUAACAAAAUAUAUGGAGGAAACCAAGAUAGGUGAUGUUUGCCACGAUUCAGUUUGGUGUGUUGUCCCUUUUGUCAAACAAUACUGAAAUUAUUUGAAAUAUACAGAUUUUCGGUUUAAGAAAGCGAAUACAAAAUUGGAAAUUUUUGAAUCAUUUCAAGUCUCCAAAUUUGGUGUAUCUCAGUUGCCUCAAUAUAUUUUACAGUGUUUUUUUUCCCUCUUUUUUAAUAUAUCCAUUUUCCCCAUGAUAACCAUGUCACUCCCUCCUC